AUGGCUCAGCCGAUGGACCACACUCCGAAAGUCAACGCCUUCCGCAGCUUCUGCAUGCAGGUGGUGGACCAGCUGUGCAUCGAGUUCGAGCGUGAGGUGUCGCAGAUGACACAGGACAUCACCAUGUAUCGUGGGGAGCUGGCUCGGUGCGCUGACCUGCUGGCUUUUCAGCUGGGAAAGGAGAAGGACUACCACACCAUGCUGGACAACAUCGCGAACAACACAAACGUCCUUGUCGGAAAGGCCCAGGAGGUGGGGCAGAAGCACAGUGGCCACGAGCCCAUGAAGCAGCAGAUGCACCAGAUGCUUGAGCAGAUGUUCGAAGGCGGCCGCGGAGCCCUGGCUGACAGCUUCGGAAGCCUGGAUGAGCACCGCAUGCUCGCCGAGAAGCACCUCAUGAGCGCGGCCGAGCUGCAGAGUGGGUCGCAGGCGAUCCAGAAGGAGCUCGACAACAUUAUGCAGACUUUGCAGGUGCCUCCAGUGUCUUACCGCGAUGCGCCCGUCAUGAUGGGACCCUCUUCGCUGCAAGGAAUGCAGGGUGGACGACCACCUCAAGGACCUGGCAAACCCUUCACGAGCUUCAAUCCGAAUGCAGGGCCGCCGAUGCCCGGUGCCAACUUGCCGAACAUGCCCAUGUCGAUGUCGAACCCUGGAUCACCCUACCGCUCUCCAGGAGGCGGCCGUGGCUUCAACCCUGGCCCCGGAGGCCCAGUUGGCCCACGAUCGCCCACGGGGCAAAUGGCCUAA